UGUGGGAGUCUGCUGUAUGCGGUGAAAAGGUUGUUUUGGCACGGACAAGCACAAGUAGAUGUUUGCUUUACCUCCAUGGAAGAUGCUGCUUCAGUACUAAACGAGUUAAAGCCCUGUUUGGUUCGCUGUGACCCCAGCCCUGUCUCCUCUCUGUCUGCCUCCGGUAUCUUUGAAGUAAGGGCAAAUGCCAAACACAUAAAACAACUAAGAGGAGUCUACUGCUUCUCACAAGAGGGUGAGAGAAUCUAGCUGCCAUGGGAAAUCAGUUGACAGAGAUUGCUCCCAACACUCCCUUCCUGCCCAACUUCCAGUCUUUGCACGUGGUGGUUAUAGGCCUGGACUCGUCCGGAAAAACUUCUCUGCUCUACAGACUCAAGCUGAAGGAGUUUGUUAAGACUAUCCCGACCAAGGGCUUCAACACGGAAAAGAUCAAGGUUGCCGUGGGAAACAGCCGUGCCAUCGCUUUCCAGGUGUGGGAUGUAGGCGGUCAGGAGAAGCUACGUCCCCUGUGGAAGUCCUACACCCGCCGCACCGAUGGCAUGGUCUUUGUGGUUGACUCCACCGAGACGGAGCGGAUGGAGGAAGCCAAGGUGGAGCUCCACAAAAUCACCCGCACCUCGGAGAACCAGGGCGUACCGGUGCUUGUGCUGGCAAACAAGCAGGACUUAGCGGAGGCGAUGGCCGUAACGGAGGUGGAGAAGGUUUUGGCCGUACACGAACUGAGCGCCUCCACCCUGCACCACGUUCAAGGCUGCUCCGCAGUAGACGGUCAAGGCCUUCAGCAAGGCCUGGAGAAACUGUACGAAAUGAUCCUCAAGAGGAAGAAGAUGGUGAAACACAGCAAGAAGAAGAGAUGAGCGGCACCGGACGCGGUCGUCUCGUUUGUGAACCUCUGCAAAAAUUCCCUUUAUCGUCAGAGGAUUUUUUUGCGGCAAAUCCCUGGACAAAGGAACUGUUCCAGAUGGCCCAGGGGGUCAGGAGAAAAUGGAUUUGACCCUUUAUGUGUCACCCAGUAUUGAACUGCUUUUUUUUUUUUUUUCUCCUCUUUACCUAGUAUUUUUCUGUGCAGCUGCCAUUUGUGUGUUCGAGGGAUAUGUGAUAGCUGUGCGAUAAGCAGUAGUAUCAACAGAGUUCAAAGCCAAUGAAGAUCUACGUCUUCUCUCCCCCCCCCCUUUUGUUCCCUAAAGCAAAUUUGGCUGAAUUGAAGAUUGUAGCUUUGCAACAAAUCGAUCCCUCCCCCCCUCCCCCCAUUAAAGCUCGUCACAAAGAUACAUUUUCCAGUUACGUUAGAAUGAUAAUCACUGCGGGAAACAUAAAAGGCCCUGUAAACAUAUAUGUUUUGGUAGGCGUGUGAUUAAUGUGUAUGAAGCUGAAUAUACCGCGACACUAAAGUUAAGUUUCAGUUGGAAAACUGGUCGUUUUUUUUUUUUUUUUUACAUUCUGUAAAUAGUUUUUGUAAUGCCGGGAUUGAA